UUUGGUUUGAGGUUAGAAACCCGCUGUAAGCUUCCCGUUUUUAAUUUUUUAAUAAUUUGUGCGCGACAACAGCAAGCUGUUGUGUUGUCGUAACAAAAACCGAGCUAUUGCAAACGUAAGCCGGGAGAGUGCAAACACAACGGGAGACUUGGAGCACCGCAACCAACGCCGCAACGCCCCGAAUCUCUGCACUUGUAACUAGGUUUUUGGCGAACGACUUUCGAAGGGGGCCCGUUCGCGCUUCGCAUUGCAUCCGGUUUGCAAACAGUGUCGUCCUUUCUGUUCGUUCUCCGCUCUCGGCUUCCCUUCCCGUCGCCACGGCUCUUGGCAAGCAGCAUAAGCCCUUCGAUGGAAGGAGAACCUGCCCAGAGCGACAGCGCGUCACCGGGCAACAAGGAGAAGUUGAGUGAAUCGCAACGCAAAAUUCAAAACUUCUGGCCAAACGUAAUGCGUGAGAUGCAGCAGCUACCGCACGUAGAACCGGGUAACCAGCUGUUGCCGCUGGCUCGCAUCAAGAAAAUCAUGAAGCUAGACGAAGACGUGAAGAUGAUCUCGUCCGAUGCGCCGCUGUUAUUUGCCAAGGCAAUCGAGAUCUUCAUCCACGAGCUGACGCUGCGCGCUUGGCUACAUACCGAACACAACAAGCGCCGGACGCUACAGAGGAGCGACAUCGCGAUGGCUAUCACCAAGUACGACCAGUUUGAUUUUCUGAUAGACAUUGUACCGCGCGAAGAGAUCAAGCUGACCAAGCGUAGCUACGAAGUGCGCGUAAGCCCCAGCGGAAUCGAGAACGUACAGUACUAUCUUCAGCUUGCUCAGCAGAAUCAGCAAGUAUUAAACCAGCCGCAGGAGCAGCAGCCCGAACAGGAGCAGGAGCAGCACCAGGAAGCGAACCAGGAGCAACAGCAACCACAGCAGCAGGUGAUCACAGCGGGGGGUGUUACAGCAACACCGGUGAAGGCUGUGGCAAUGACAGUGAUGGGUUUAAGUUCUGCCACGACCACAGCGGCUGCCACGAAAACGGUCACUACCGCAACCGCCUCAGCUUCCGCUAUCACAGCAAACACGGCAAACACCAUCGUGCACCUCAAGCAAACGAAUCUUCAACAAACAUUGCAAUCCACCUCCAAUCAACAGCCAAGACAACAGAAACCCUCCCAGGGCUUGCAGGCGAUCAGUUUCCUCAACUCCAGUGCCGUUGCUGGUAACAGUGGUAGCAGCAGUACGAGCACUACUAGCUCGACAGCCACCAUACCAACCAUAAAUCAACCACUGCAACUCGUCCAACACUUCAUAACGCCUACGGGCGAGAUUACGCAGAUACCGAUAACUAUACCUCCGAACCAACUGAAUUUCAUUCGGACGGCAGUGCCCAUGGCAGGGGCGACCGGUGCAGCAACUGGAACGGCGAGCGUACAACCGAUAUUCCUUCCAGCUGCCACCGCGCUGCAGGCAACACCUACCUUCAUACACACACCACCAGGCUGUAUGUAUUUCAGUGCGAGUCAACUGCAACAAUUCCAGCAACAGCAACAACAACAACAGCAGCAGCAACAGCAACAGCAGCAGCGAGAUUAGAAAAAUACCACAACAUAUGAUUAUCCAAUCAUGAGGUACGUGUAUAGCUGUAAACAGGACAGGUUAGGUUUUCUAUAUCAUGUCUUAUUGUGGUGAGGAAGACUUAUAAGAAUCAGGGAGGAGCUUAGACUUUUUCAAACGUUAUAUUUAAUUUUAAAAAAUAGGUUCAUACGGAUAAAACGCCGCUUGGGGUAGUACAAGAAAAGCCGUUAGAAUUGUGUUUCCGACGGUACCGACAGUAUCCGUACCGAGCAGAAGCAUGCUCAUUUCGGAUCGACUACAAACUAUAUGAAACACAAUGUGAAACACAAAAGGGUGUUUGCUGCUUUAGGCGAAUGACAUUUGCUUUGGUCGCUAAUGUUAAACUUGUCUGAAAUUUUGCUGUGCAGUUCUUCAAUUAGCCAAGCAAGCAAACAGCAAGAUAUGGAAAAGGGAUUUGUGGAACUUGUGAUGGGGCUCAUUCUUUUUACUUAUGAUUGAACACCUCUCAAUACGUACAUAGGGAAUUGUACCGCGUAGGGAUUUUCUGUGCUGAUAUUCCAUUCCAUUCAUUUUAUCCAGCGGGGUAGGCUGGGGAUUGCUCACGUCACUAUUUAGCCAGUUGUUCCAUGGACAAAACUAGUGGCGUUGCUUGCCAGGGAUUUGACAUUCCCUGCAAAAAGUUAACCAAUUCAGCCGCAGAAUAAUUUUGAAAUAGCAGCAAAAGAAAGUGAAAACUAGCAUGCUGCUCGGCUAGUUGAAUAUAGUACACCUCUUUUCUCGACACCAUCGAGCUUGAUCUCUUGCCGCGGUGCAAUAUCGAUUAUAAAAUCAAAGUGCAUUGCGCUUGGUAGAGUGUUUAUCCGUCGCGCGAAACCAGAAAACCGCUUUUUAUUUGAUUGAGAUACAGUCUACCUGUACGAACGGAGCCUUGCUAUGCCGAGAUCUGUGAGGUCUGAAGGUCUAGGGAGCGUCUCACUUUACAAUGAAUUUUACAACCAGUACCAAUGAUAUCUAACUCUGUGCUGUUAGUGCGCGAUCAAUCGGUUUUGCUAGUUUCCACAAAAUUGGCUACAAUUUCUGGUGACAUUUUUAUAAAUCGGCUGCUUUCAUUUGGAGUCAAUUUUUGGAGUCGAAAGAUCUCCACUCCACUGAACAUAUGUUAUGGCAAUUGCUGCAAAAUGCAUUCAUAAGCGUGUAUACAUUGUGUCAGAAAAGUACUGCGAAUAGUCGCUUUAAAUCUGACUGCGUAAUCGGAUCAACCUGAUUUUUUUUUCUAAGGUUGGUACUACCAGGCACUUAGACAAUUAUUAGAAUCAUUUAAAGCCAUGUGUGUUUUAUAUAAAGCACCAUCAUUUGUAUAUUAUAAAAAAAAGAUAGCCACAAAGAAUGAACAUGUAUGAACCAAGGUUUUAGAACAGCAGGAAUAUCAUCUGGAUGACGCUGUUGAAAACAAAAACUUCUAAACUUUGUGUUGCAUAAAAAUCAGCACGGUUGAUAGACGUGGGGGCGCAAUGUACAUUUUGAGAAUAUCUCUUUUUUAAUGGAAUUAUGAAGGGCAACUGAUAGGAACCUUGUAGCUGACACUAUUUCAGGAAUGUUAGAAUAUAUGUUGGCUGCCGGUGUGAAAUACUGUCAAAACCUGUUUGUAAUGCUACGGCCUUAGGGAUGAUUUGGACACGUGAGUAGUAGUUUUAGGAAAGUGUAUAAAAUUAUAACAAAUGAUUUUAAAGCUAUCUGUUGGCGCAGGCAUAGGCUGUUGGCAAGCAACUUAGAGAGAGAGAGAGAGAGAGUGUGUGUACAGUUAGGUAAGUUAAAAAAUACCUGGAUAAAUCAUUCACAAUCGAAUGUUAACAUUCGAUGUGUACAAAUAAAGCAACCAACAUAUUGUCAAACCUAA